AUAACUAAACUGGUUGGAAAAAUCUGUUUCCAGUCGCGUGAUCGCGAGUGAGUUGCGGGUCGUUUGCAAAGUUAAGUCUGGUGAGGGUGAAGCGAAAUAAAAUAAAAGUUCACACGCGUCGGGUGUUUUCAACGGUUGUAUUUCGGGGUUUUCGUCCGCUAAGAACGUUCUGAAAGGAAUUUGUUCAUUCAGUUAUAAAAUAAAGCACUGCUUUGUGUUUGGUGAAAAAAGGUUCCAGAAAAAAGCUCAUUUUACACCUGGAGGGAGCUCAAGAAGAGGAAACUGAACUAAACUGGCAGUGAAAAAAAAUAUCGGGGGUGUUAAAGUUUGAAACGUCCACAAAACACCAAUCAGGUGCGCCAAUUUGUGCUUCCCAGGUGGUUGUGCCGGGAAAAAAGUGGAAACUCUAAACCGAGAGAGUGUUCAGUCAGUGGCAGCAGCAGAAAGUCUUUCCCGGGAAAAGGAAAAUGAAACCAAUGAGCCAAUGGAUGACCCUGGGGAUGUUGAUGCUGAUGGCGGCAGCGAUGGCCCGAAGUGAUGAUCAGAUGCCCCAGGAAAGCAAACAGCAGAAGCAGCUCCACACCCAGAAGGUGACGGACGACGCCAAAGGAAGCAACGGGAACUCUGGAGGAGGUGGAGGAGGAACAGGCCGGAUACUUCCUCUGAAUGGACCCGACAAAAACAAACGAGGUGCGCCGGAUAUUCAGACAAUCGUCGGAACUCCGUACAUAAAUCAACCGGUGGUGGCAGCCGCAGCCAGUCCAGUGGCCACAAGUGCCGUCCUAUCGUCGGUGGCCAUCCCGGCAGCUGGAGCAGGAACUUUGGUCGGUCCGGUAACCGCCUACACUUCCUACGGAUAUCCUCAUGUUGCCGGAUCAUCCGGAGCGCUGGUGCAGAAUGUAGCCGCCUCGUCGCCACAGGCUCUGUACCAUAAGCUGAACUAUGCGAUCCCCGGCUCCACGGCUCUGAAGGUGGCCACCUAUGCUGCGGCACCAGCUCAUUAUGAGUAUUCUGCUGCUCCGACGGCCACAGUUACUAAGUACAAUUACGCGGCGGCGGCUUCGCCAGUGGCCCAGUACACCCAAUACGCCCACUACCCGCAAUAUCAACUACAGUACCACCACCAUCCUGGUCAGCAGCAGCAACCGGCUGCAAUUAUCAGCAGCGGCCAUCAUCCGGCCCAGGCCACUGCCAUCUACACGACGACCCAUCACCACCACCAACAGCAACAGCAGCAGCAACCGGGGGCAACCGCCAUCCAUUACGCCCUGGCUCAACCAGCGGGGGUGGUGCAGCAACUUCAGCAUAAUUAUCAGCACCCAAUCCAUCACGAAGCAACGGCCAUUCAGGGUCCAACGACGGUCCAUUUCCAGCAACAGCAGCAGCACCAUCAUCAACACCCUGCCGGAGCAACUCUGGUCGGAGUUCAGCCAGCCGUCCCGGUAAUUCACCAGGCCCCGAUUGCCGCCAUCAAUCAGCUGCACCAUCCGUAUCAGCAGCUGCAGCAAUUGCAGCAACAUCAUCAUCAACAGCAGCAGCAACAGCAACAGCUUCAUGGACCGGUUAUCGCAACGCAGGCUCAACUGAACAAGUAUGCAGUUCCGACCUCUGCACCCAUCUACGCUACUGCCGCCCCAAGUCAUCUCUAUCAGCAACAGGCCACAAACUAUGGAUAUCCGAUUUCCUUGGCAUCCAAACAGAUCCUUUCAACAGUUGCCGCACCAACAAUUGCCACUCCUGCUCACCAUCUCAAACAACUAAUCCCGGUUUCGACCACCGCGGCCACUCAACAUCACGCAAAGGGCUUCAGCUACGCCUCUUAUAGCCAUCAGCAGCCCGGAAGUCCCGCCUAUCUGGGUCCCAUUCCAGUGAACUCUGCAGCUCCCCAUCAAUACUUUAACCCAGCUGGACACGUUUAUCAGCAGCAGCAGCCACAGCAAUCGCACCGUUAUCAACUGUUUUCGACGGUUCCAACUCCGAUCCAGAAACAAGGCGGGCUCAUCUACGCGGCCAAUGCUCCAGCUGCCAUUUAUGCCACCCCUGGAACUCCACUCAUUCACCACCCACAACACCACGCCCAUCAUCAACAACAACUGCAGGCUCAAUCCCAACAAUCACUGCAUUACGCGCCUCAUUUCUAUCAGCAAGCUCCACAGGCUUUCGCACCAGUAGCGGCCAAAUUCACCUACUCCCAGCCCCUUGUGACCAAGGGAUUCUAUCCGAUUCAGUGAUCUGUUUCAGAAAUUUUAAGUUAAACCAAACUUCCUGAAAAAAAAAUAACUGGAAGUUCAACACGUGAUUUGCCAUCAGUAUAAUUCCUCCCAAUCAACCAAUCAAUCAAUCAAGCGAUAAAUAAACCUUUGUCCUGGAUUUCAUCGAAGUUCAUAGAACUAUUUACUUCGUUUGGGUCUCGAGAUGUUAGUGCUGUAAGUAUAUUUAUUUGUGUAAGGAUUUCUGUUAUAAUAUCAAUAAAUGCGUUU